UCACUGAAAUAGGACAGCAGCACAAGAGAAACAUCUGAAACGGUUAAAGUUGCAGAGACAUUGGAAGACUUAAUAAGCACAUUGGGAGAAGAGAGUUCUUCUUCUUUGGAAAGUAACUUAGAUGACUUGGCUGAGGUCUUGGAGGCAGAUCUACCAAACUCCAAAAGCAAAAUACUGAGACUCCUUUGUACAGUUGCACGUCUGUUACCACAGAAGAUGACCAUUUACACAACUCUUGUUGGCUUGCUGAAUGCCAGGAACUACAAUUUUGGUGGAGAGUUUGUAGAAGCAAUGAUACGUCAGCUGAAAGAAUGUUUGAAAGCCAACAUGUACAAUGAAGCUGUAUAUUUAGUGCGCUUUCUUUCUGAUCUUGUGAAUUGUCAUGUAAUAGCUGCACCCUCAAUGGUAGCCAUGUUUGAGAAUUUUGUUAGUGUGACGCAGGAGGAGGAUGUACCUCAGGUUCGGUGUGACUGGUAUGUGUACGCGUUUCUGUCAUCCUUACCUUGGGUGGGGAAGGAGCUCUAUGAGAAAAAGGACACUGAAAUGGAGCGCAUCUUGUCCACUGUUGAAAACUAUCUGAAACGGCGUCAGAAGACUCACGUGCCCAUGCUACAGGUUUGGUCUGCUGAUAAACCGCAUCCACAAGAAGAGUACUUAGAUUGCCUUUGGGCUCAGAUUCAGAAAAUGAAGAAGGAUCACUGGCAAGAGAGGCACAUUCCGAGGCCGUACCUCGCUUUCGACAGCGUGCUUUGUGAAGCACUGCAGCACAACCUGCCUCCUUUUACGCCCCCACCCCACACGGCAGAUUCCGUUUACCCGAUGCCAAGAGUCACCUUCCGAAUGUUCGACUACACUGAUGAUCCUGAAGUAAGUUAGCGAUGUGGGGCAACA